AUGUCAAAAACUCUUGACCUUCUGGCCAAUGAAUUAUUGCUCAAAAUUUUCACAUUCCUUCACCGCCCUGCAGCCUUUUCUUUAACUUGCAGAACUCUUCACUAUGUAUCGAAAGAUCCUUAUGCAAGAGCCGCCUACCUUAUUCGCAAGUACGGAACUAGGUUGGCUAUAUUUUAUGCUAUACGAAACCAUGCUAAGAUAGUCACAAAAGAAACAGCCGAAGCCUUAAUUUCCUCUGGCGCCAUAGUAUCAAGGAAUCUAGCACAACGUUUAAUAAAGGAUUAUUUGGAAAGGCAGCCAAGUGAAUAUUUUCGCUGUUGUUGGACUAGCAAAUUAGCCUUUGGUGCUUACCUGGCACUCCUCCAACGGGCUUACACCCUAUAUGGUGAGAAUUUAUGGGCAAAAGAUGCUAUGGACGACUGGGAACAAUUUCGUAUUUGUGUUUCCUUACAAUCUGGUUUAGAUUUCGAUAAUAGGGACAGUAAUUUAAUAAAUAAUUCCGUAACUCAUGAUUCCAAUAGGGAGCAUAUUCGUGAUUUGGUGGAGAAAUAUCAUGUGGUACCCUUACCUUUGCAAUAUUGCUUCGCCAACAUCUCGGAUACUUUUGUAACAAUAGCUCGUAUAGGUGAUACACAACUAUUAGACAUGGCGUUAAAUGAUCUGACCCAUUUUGAUCACUAUGAAUUCGUGAACAUCGUUCCUAUGAUUGUCGAGAAAUUGAUUUAUAACAAACCAAUUCCUGUUCAUCUAAAAAAAACUUUAGAAAAUAUCUUUAGUUUUAACUAUAGCGUGUUAAAACAACUAGCAUUGGAAUUAAUUCGAAAUUGUGGGUUGUAUAAGAUCCCAAAUGUUAUAAUUGAAACUUUGAUAGAGCGCAAGGAUACUUUACCAUUCGAUCUUAACGCCGUUGUUUCUCACUCUAUUGAUGAUAAAUUUCAUUCAAUAUAUUCAUACAAUGGUGCACCCGACAACAUUGAAUCUCUUUGGCAUUACUUUCCUGAAUUUCGAUCAAAGAUAAGGGAGAAUCUCAACACACUUUUUUCGGAUUCACGAACUGGGGGAGUUAUAUGUAGUAGAGACGACGCAAGUUAUUAUGGCUGUGGUAUCGGUUGUGUGGGAGUAGAAUUUAUCAUCAAAACAUUUGGACCAAAAGAUAACAUUACUGAAAGAUGUUUUGAAGCCAUCGUCAGAGACAUUUGUGAAAAGGAUUCGAAGGUACAGGUUAACCGUGGUCGUUUCCGCGGGCUUAGUAGGAAUGAUAUGGAUGAAUCUGUGCUUCAAGGGCCACCACAAUAUUUCACAAAGUAUGUAGAAGCUGGAGUCAGAGUUAAGCCGGAGCAUUUAAAAAUGGUGUCAGAGAAAGGAAUGAAACGGAAAUGGUUUCUUCAAGAACUUUUUGAUGCAUUAGAUAUAUCUUUAAAGGUUGAUUUUGUGAGCUCCAAAAAAUCUUCAACCGAUUUGAUAUCAUCUACAGAUCUAGGUAUUAUUAACGAGAAAGCGGUGUGGAAGAAUGUAGUAGAAGAAGUACUUAACCGCGAACGGGAAAAAUAUCGCAAUUCGAAUAAGAGGUGGCUAAGGAAGGGUCGUUUAUAUCGUAUGUUAGACGAUCUUAACAAACGACAUUUCGUGAAUUGUAUAAAGAGAUAA